UGUUCUCACUUGUGAUGAUUUGACAUUAUUAACCCUUCAUUAACCAUGAUGGCAACACAGACAUUAAGUAUAGACAACUAUCAAGAUGGACAAAUGCAAGUAGUAACUGAGUUAAAAACUGAACAAGACCCAAACUGUUCUGAAACUGAUGUCGAAGGAGUGAGUUCUGCCCCUGUAGAAUCUCAGACGCCAAUGGAUGCAGACAAGCAGGCCAUUUACAGGCACCCACUGUUUCCAUUAUUAGCACUAUUAUUUGAAAAAUGUGAACAAUCUACACAGGGCUCAGAAGGCACUACCUCUGCUAGUUUUGAUGUAGAUAUUGAAAAUUUUGUAAGGAAGCAGGAGAAGGAAGGAAAACCCUUUUUUUGUGAAGAUCCAGAAACUGAUAAUUUAAUGGUAAAGGCAAUCCAGGUUCUACGUAUUCAUCUGCUUGAGCUAGAAAAGGUUAAUGAACUCUGCAAGGAUUUCUGUAGUCGUUACAUUGCCUGUCUGAAAACUAAAAUGAACAGUGAAACUCUACUAAGUGGAGAACCGGGAAGUCCUUAUUCACCUGUACCAUCGCAGCAAAUUCAAAGUGCCAUUGCGGGCACACUGAGUCCCCAAGGGAUUAUGGUGCCUGCAUCAGCACUGCAGCAGGGAAAUGUAACUAUGGCAACAGUAGCAGGGGGUACAGUGUAUCAGCCAGUCACUGUGGUCACUCCACAAGGUCAAGUAGUGACACAAGCACUGUCACCUGGGACAAUUAGGAUCCAGAAUUCACAGGAUAAUACUGCAAGAGAACUUCCACCACUACCACUGCAGCUUCAGUUACAGUUAAACCAAGAUCUAAAUAUCUUGCAUCAAGAUGAUGGCUCGUCAAAAAAUAAGAGAGGGGUUCUUCCAAAGCACGCUACUAAUGUGAUGAGAUCUUGGCUCUUUCAGCACAUAGGGCAUCCGUAUCCAACAGAAGAUGAGAAAAAGCAGAUUGCAGCCCAGACAAAUCUGACACUAUUGCAGGUUAACAAUUGGUUUAUCAAUGCUAGAAGACGAAUUCUUCAGCCGAUGCUGGAUUCCAGUUGUUCCGAAACUCCAAAAACAAAGAAAAAAACAGCUCAAAACAGACCAGUUCAGAGGUUCUGGCCUGAUUCCAUUGCAUCAGGAGUUGCUCAGCAGCAAUCUAAUGAACUUACAAUGUCAGAUGAGUGGAAGAGCCAAAAUUGUUACUUGGGGCAUCCUGACUCUCCACGCUGUUCUCAUUCCUGCAGACCACCCUGCCUUACUGCCCAAGGAGCUGUUGUAACAAUUACAGCUCCGGUCAACAUGAAUGUAGACAGUCUCCAGUCUCUGUCAUCUGAUGGUGCUACUUUGGCUGUUCAGCAAGUUAUGAUGGCAGGACAAAGUGAGGAUGAAUCUGUGGAUAGUGGUGAAGACGAUGGAGCAGACCUCUCAACAACAAACAUCAGUGGGCUUGUUUUGGAUAACAGUGAUUCUCUGCAGUAGGAAGCAAGAGAAUGUUACAAAAUAUGUAGGAAAAUGAAUGAACUGACUGUUUUUAUAGUUUGCACAGCAAACAUUUUACACAAGUUUUAUUUCUAAUAUGUUUUAUAUGUAGAUAUAGAAGGGUGCACUUUUUUGUAUUUCAUAGUAAGCUUAAAGAGUGUCUUUGCAGGUGCAGCAACUUCUUUCAAAUGUGUUUUUGAAUUUUGAAGAGGCGUUGGGUUUAUUUGGUUUUUUUUAAUUACAAAAAAUUGUGUCUAGUAAUAUAAUGACCACAUAAAUGCCCCUUUUGUUCUCUCAUUAGAUUGAAAGUGCUACAAUUUGUAAAGAAUUAUGCAAUUUCAAUUAAACCUGUUGUUUAACACAGCUCUUGGUUGACUAACGAUGUAAAUUCAAAGCAUGUGGCACUUGAUCAUUAAGUUAGACACACAUUUGAAAGAUGCGUCUGCACCUUAAAAACUGCCAGUCUGAGGUGGGCAACAACACACACCCACAAAGAAAAUGGAGAUGUGUGAUUCAGUAGCGAAUAUAUGAGUUUAAAUAAGUUUAAUUUCUCUCAUAGUCAGUGAGCUUGUUUAUCAUUUGCUAUAAAAACUCCUAUUUUUACCUUGGCGGGAUUAUUGGAUAAAAAAAAUAUUUUUAUAAAUUCAGUAGGAAUUGGAAUGACAACUGUAUUGAGCAUGAGAAAAAAAUUUCCAGAAGGGGAAAAUAAAUGUUUAAUAUUCCUAUUUGGAAGGUUCUGAAAAUUUGACCAAAUUUUAAUAAACAUGCCUAAUGCUAGUGUUCUCUGCUAUCCCAUAGUGGCAUAAUAUAUUUGAUAAUAGCAUAAGAAGGGCCCGCAGUUUGAUGGGAUUUUGAUAUUGUCAAACUUUGAUUUAUAUAUAUGUAAACUGAUGCUCAAAUUACAUUUAACUCUGUAUCUAAACUUGUAUCUGAAGAUAUUUGCUAAAUAAGUAUUCAGGUAAGUAAGUACAAUUAUCCACAAAAUUUCUAGUAAUCAACAGAGAAACUUAAUAGUUCAUUUUUUUUUCAGUCUGAUUUUUAAAAAUGAAAAACUGACUGGCUAGUUUUUCCACCCCAGUUAUAUUAUUGAAUUUGAAAUUUUUUUCCACAUACAAAAAAUAUAAUUUAUGGAUUAGAUAAAGAAUCUUUUCAAAUACAAACAUCGCUACCAGAAUAUACAACAGGCUUGUAAAAAAAAAAUCUUUGUGUGUCUUUUAACAAACUCAGAACUAGUGAUGAAAUAGAUUUUUCUGUGAUAAUGGUUCAUUUCAGUUUAUCCACAGAUCUUGAGUUGUGUAUUGUUAUUUCUGAACACCUGUUGUUGACAUUUCAUGCUGAAAAAGUUGGUCUUUCCCCAUUGUUAAGUGCAAGUAACAGUAGACUCAAGAAGUCUUGUAGCAGGACAGUGUGAAGAAAAGAAGGGUGCUACCUUCAAAUCUGAAGCACUGAUUGAGCAAAGCACUUAGUUAUGUGCUUAACUGCAAGCACUUACUUAAAGCCAUUCUUGUUCCACAAAAUAUCCAAGCCUGUGCUUAGAUCCCGUUGACUUCAGUGGGGUUAAAUCAUGGACUUGAAAUUAAACACAUGUUUAGGUGCUUUGUUGAACUGGGGCUUUAAAGUCUGCCUUACUGAGCAAUUUAUAGGCAGCAUGAAGAGAGACCUUGACAGGAGAUGCUAAAAAAUUGUUUCAUGUACACAGAAGGCAUAUUGAUUUUUCAGAGGUUACCAUUUAAAAAAAACCUUGUUUUACUGGCACCGGGCUACACUCACCACUAGCAUAAGCAGCUGACUACGUCAUUCCUGUAGCACCUACUUAUGCCUGUGAUGAAUUGGGCCUGUUGACUCAACUGCAGUAAUGAGGUAUUAUUAUGGUUAGAAUUAUUAAAGUUUUUAAAAUAUUUGUUUUAAUCUAUCUUCUCUGUUUUUGCCUCUAAUACCCUUUCCAUAUGUACUGAGCAAUUUAAAGAAAAUACUAAGAGUGUAUAAUGAAAGAUUUAAUUAUGAAAACUGGUAUAAUGUAAUUGAUUUAAGGCAUACUGACAAGUCCAAUUUGACCCAAAAAUUAAAAGGGCACAGUCAACUUUAAAAAUCAACCUCCUGUAUGAAAACAUUUUGCCUACUAUUGUUACAAGCAAUACCUAAGAUGAAUAUAACUGACAGAGAUUGGAAGCAAAAAUACUUUUCUCUAUCUUUUCACUUUGUUUACCGUUUGCUUCUGCCAGCACUUUAUUUUCAGUGUUUCCAUGGUAGAGCCAUUUUUUCCUAUUGUACUGUGUAUGUUUUUCAUACGACAGAAGGUGAGAGGAAAAAUAUUUUUAGGGCCACAUUCAGCCAACUUUGUUCAUGUUUAGUAGCAGUUGAAGCUACAGAGCUGUAAAUACUUACAUACGUGAGUAGAAUAAUGUAUUGACAAUACGAGCAAAGCUGGCAGAACUGAGUCCUCAGAAAACAGGAAAAUGUGAUUUUUUGGCAGGGGGACUUAGGUGGGUGUAGUACCUGAAACUUUUAACUCAGUUGAAAAUAAGUAGAUUUCAAGUUGACAAUGUCCCUUUUGAUUUUAUGAAAGAAAGCCAAUUAAAAGUGUUUCCUUGGAUUUUUUCCUUAGUUCUAGCAGAAAUAUAUAUAUUUAUAUUCAGUAGAAUAAGGAAGCGUUCUUGCUGGUGGUUGCAGCGUUGAUCCAGUGCAUAAGUACCUGGAAUGUGAAAUUGACUGGAAAGUUACUAGUGACAAAAGAAAAUGGAGUAAUCCAUUUUUAAUGUUAGUCUCAAGAAAACUGCAAAAAGUAAACAGUAUAGUGAAAAGUAAACUAUAUUUAUAAAAUUACUUCAGUUUUAAUAAUCAAAGGUACUAUUUAACAAACUAUGGAGCCCAAAGUUUUUCAGGGACUGACGUCUAAUAACUAAAACUGCAACAUUUAAAAAGAAAUCAUGGAAACUGUGUAAAAUUAAAACAGAUGCACUUGAUUAUAAUUAAGUUAAUUUAAGUUACUAAUGAUUCAAUUUUUGGUACCAAACCUGCUUAGGAGCAAUUAAUGAAUAAUUAUUCAGUCUAUGCAAGAAUAAAUUACCCCUCCUGCCAUAACUGUGGGAUUUAUAGGUACGCUAUUAUUGUAUUUUUGGUCUUCUUUUAUUUUUGAUAAUCAUUCAGACAAAACAUUCACCAAAAAUUCAGCUGGGUUCAAAGUUGACUAGGCAAAAUAUAAUUCGGAAAGCAUGUUGGAAAUAUAAGUAACCUUCAUUCCCUUGUGAAAAUCUAAGAUGUUAACACUAGUGAAACAUAUUUCUAUUUCUAAACAAUUUCUGCCUCUGCCAUAGUAAAUAUAAUGCAUUCAGACUGUAAUCAUCUCCCCCCAAAAGUAAAGCUAGCCAAGAAAAAUCAAUGAGAAUGCAAGUUUAACUGUAGUAUUCAAAUGAACAAAGUAAAACCUAAACAGGUAUUAUUUCUGAAUUGUUAAAUGUAUUGCUGAAGAGUACUCCUGGAAACAUUUAGGACGACUGAACUUUGUUGUUGUUUCAUUGUAAAUUGAAUAGCUAGGUUGGCUUUACCAAACCAAUUUGAUUUUCUAGGCUUGCUAAACUCUUUCAAGUAUUUUAUUUUUCACAUUAUAAAAUAAUUUUACUUAAUUAUCCAACAUGAAAUCGAAUGAAAGAUGGCACAAGUAUGCUGUUAAAAGAUCACCCCAACCAUGUCAUUUGGUUACCUGUGCAACAUAGAAAUAUAAAUGUUGUUCUGCUCUGUAGUUCUGCAGGAUCUACUGAAUAAUCACACUUUUUUUUUUUACUGUGUGAGAGAGUGCGCCUAUUUACAAACUUACUAACCUUGUAGUCUACUGUCAAAAUAUUUACCUAAUGUUAUUAGAUACCCAUGUUUUCAGAUAGUGACAGAAAUGACACUCAAUCUUCCACUGUUUUAGCAACAUUUGUUCUAUAAAACUGACAAUCUUUAAAAUGUGAACACUGUAAAUUUAGCUUUUCUUGGACAGUUGUCUUUAAAGGGAUAUUGUGAAGCAACUGAUCUAUCAAAGCAAAGAAAAAUUAAAAAUCAGAACAUGCUUCAUGGAUGAUGGAUUUUUACAUGAACAGUCUCUCUGAAUGGAAAAAGCAUGCCUUGUCUUUAAACUUGAAGCAUUCACAUUGCUUUAAUUAUAUUAGCAUUAUUUAGUUCAACAUCAGUCAUAUUUUCAGGAAUCUGUAACAUAGCUGGAAAAUAUCAUAUCAGACUAGUUACCCAAGAUUUUUGUCUGGGAUAGUUUUUUGGCCUGUUUUGUUUUAUUUACCCAAAUGCAGAAAAAAUGGUUUACUAGUUCUUAAUGUUUUGGGUGGGAGAGGGAUCUGUGAUUUUGCAGUGCAAAAGCCGUUUUGAGGAAUGAAAGACUUAGCAGGUAGUCUAUGAUAUGUGUUGUUUGUUUUUGUGGCUCUGAAAUUAUUAAUUCAAAUGGCAUGGACAUUGAACUUCCAAAAAGUGGCUUCCAUGCAUGUACCAUAACUGCUUUUUUCAAAACAUUUUCAGAAGGAUUUUUCCUGUGCAAUGCAGUACAAGUCCUAUGUGCCAAUUUGUCUUUUCAAAGGCAGAUAGACUGUAAUGGAUUUCUAGAACUAUCAUGCUCUAUUAGAUCAGAAAUCCUCACUUUAAAAAGCAGAUAAGCUUUUUAUGUGAUUACAGUUGCAUUUUCUCCAAAGUCAUUACUUGGCUGGACUUGUAAUUAUAAGUUCAUACAAAUAUUUUCAAGGACAACGAAGAUUUUAUUAUUACUCUGCAACUCUGGUAUGUGUCCAUGAGAGAGAGAGAUUGUGUUGGUCACACUUCAUACUAGGAAUACAUUUAUAAAUGGUUAAUAAAGGGUUAAUGAUUAUAAUAGAUGUUAUAAACAUAAAUAGUAUGUUAUAGUAGUUGGUCUUAGACACAUCAGUAUUUUAUUAUGUCUUUAAUGUGACAUUGAAACCACAGAUUUAAAGCUGUCCUGACAAUAAUUAAACUUACAAUAACCACCUAGCAGCACAGCAUAAUUACAAAUCAAUUAACUCCACCAGCCUUCUCUAAUGAAGGGCAGGUAACAAUGUACAUCAGAUGAAGACUACAAAUUAAAAAAAAAAAUCUGGAAAAAAAUCUUUCAACGACAGAUCAUGGACAUACAUCCUCAUCCUUCCCUCAAAAAACUUACAAAUGGCUUUACUAGAAGGUGAUAGAAAUGGCUCUAAGCAAUCUGUUUCUUUCUUGAUACCAAAACAAUUGAUUAACCACUUAUUAAGUAUAUAAUAAGCCUUUAUUAAUCCUUUUGUAAACAGUUUAUAAAUGCAUCUUUUAAUAUAAAGUCAGAUUUUUUUUAAAAAAUGACACAAUAAAAGUAAACAUGAAAACUAAAAGGUUAAAAUAACCCUCUCACUUGAACUGACACAAGUCAUAAAAUCAGAGUUCUGCCAAAUGCCUGGUCCAUCCCCCAUUUAAUAGUGCCAAGAAUAUUGCAGGACAAUGCAAGUGCUCAGUACUGCAUUCCUGGCAUACUCAAAAUCCUACUGAAGUCAGUGGGAGUUUUAAGUGUGCAAGGCAUUCAGGAUCCGGCCUGUCAGCUGUUAAAUUACCUACUGUUGGGAAACCCCUGCAAAAUCUAGAGCUGGGACAUUACGCCAGAUCCCAACUUUACUUCUUAAAAGAUUAAUAAUGCAAAUGAAGCAUGAUCCAAGGCCUACUGAACUCACUGAAAAAUCUCCCAUUGAAUUAAAUGGACUUUGAUUCAAGCCUAUUGUUACCUUGACUUCAGCUGGGCUAU